AUGGAAGAACAAGACAGAGAAACCAAUUACAAUAAUGUUGUCGAUAAACUAUUGGAAACGUUUGGAGAGAUUCUCAGUAGAGAUGUGAUGUUAGCUAUCGUGGAAAGCUACGAAGGAGACCUUAAUGAAUCGGCAAAUGCUGUUAUGAACAUCUCUAUGGAUGGUAAUUGUAUGAAUCCUUCAAGCAGUGGAAAUGUUCUAAGGCCAAACAACAUGUAUUCAUUCCGUCCUAACAACCCGUAUGUCAACCAUCCUGGUAUAAGGCUGCAAGGCCAACCGCAUAUGAGCCGUUUUUACCCUCCAAAUGGAUUUUUUGCACCAAUGGCAAAUAUGCAUGCUGUUCACCAGCCCCCAAUGUCAUAUGCUGCUGCUUAUCAUCAAAUGUCUCAUCAAAUGAUAAACCAACCCAUGAGACCUAUGAGUCAACCUGACAAUAAAAUGCAAACUAUUAAACCAAUUCCUAAGGUGGACCAACAGAAUGAUGGUUCGAACAACACUUCAAAUCUUGACCUCCAAACAAUCUAUAAACACCAUGAGAAUGGUCACCGUACUUUAAUAAUUUUGAGAGGUGCACCUGGCAGUGGGAAAACAUUUCUGGCGCAUAAAAUUAUUGAUACGAUUUAUAAUAAACGUAAUAAUAAUUACAAUAUGCACAUUUUUAGUACUGAUCAAUUUUUUAUCAGGAAGGGUGUUUAUGAAUAUUGCAGAAACAGACUAUCUGAAGCCCACGAUUGGAAUCAGAAACGUGCAUAUGGUGCUAUGAGGCAAGGUAUAAGUCCUGUGAUCAUAGACAACACAAACAGUGAAAUUUGGGAGAUGAAACCAUAUGUAGAGAGUGGAGUGAAGUUUGGGUAUAUCAUAGAAGUUCUGGAACCUGACACACCUUGGGCUAGAAAAGCUCAAAUAUUGUGCAAGAAAAAUUCGCACAAUGUCCCAUUUGCAAAUAUUAAACGAAUGCUCGAAAACCUGGAACAAAAAGCAACAGGACCAUCCCUGCUACAUCAAUAUUCUUUGCAAUAUGAACCAACUAUGACACCUCCUAUCUUGAGGUCAUUACCGCCAUUUAACGGAAGAACGCCAGAAGAAUUGGGUACAACUAAUAAAAGGCUAAAAUAUGUCGCAAAUGGUAAUAAUAACGCCCGUAACAACAAUUUUAAUCAGCAAAUAAAACAGCAAUCACAGAAUGCUAGUUCUUCACAGAAAACUUAUUCUGUCUCAGCAAAUAGUAUAAAAACAAACAAAUCAGAAGAAAAUCAAUUUUUCAAUGCUUUAGAUGUGAACAAUGCAGUAAAAGAUGUAAAAGGAAAUUCUUCUCAAGCUGCAAUACAUUUAGAUGAUCCAACAAGAGAUGAUAUGCAAGAAAGCCCAACAACUACAUCAUUUUCAAUCUGCCAAGAAGAGAAGGAAAAACAAGAAGAUAAUUCUGAACUGUCUUCAUUUCAAAAUGAAUCCAUAGUAGAACUUGAUAAUGCUUCUGGAGUUUCAUCGUUAGUAAAUGAUGUAAAAGGAGACGAAAAUCAGGAAAUUAUUUCUUCAAGAACAUCCCCAAACAGUGACUCAUUAAAGGGAGGUAUCUCAUUUGAUGUGGAGGCAGAGGUAGCAACUCGAUUUGAAAAAGAAAAGAAUCAUUCAGUUCAAGAAGUUAAAGACACAAUGAAUAAAGAUGAUGUCCACAAAACAUUAGAAGCGUUUGAAAAAGUGGAGAUUGAAUGGGAAAGUGGUGAGCAGUGGGAGGCAGAUUCAGCGAAGAAAGAAGACAAUUUAGAAUGUCAGGGUGCAAAAGCAUUAGAUGCAAAACCGCAGAGACAACAUAAAGCAGUGAAAGUCGAAAAUACCGAUAGUGCAUUAAAAGGUAAUUUGACAAAUUGUCAAGAUUGGACCAAAAUAGGUAUGUUUUUACCACCAUGGUCUGAUGAAAAAGAGAAUAAAAACGUACCAGACGCGGAGUCCUCGAUUCCGCUCGUAGAAAAAAUAUCCAGCUUUACCUGCUUCGAAAUCGGGGAUACAAAUAUCAGUCAUGCAAAAAAUCUAUACAGAAUUAUCUCUGCUAAGCCACGAGACAUUAACGAAUUUCAUCUCCCAUUAACAAACAAUAAAAUUCCUGAUCAAUGGAUGUUAGAUAAAAGUACUUCAACGCAUGACAAUCAGAUGUUGUCACCAAUAAAACGUUGUAAAAACGAAGAGGAACAUUUUAAGGUGUUCUCGAGAUUAUUUAAGAACGUGGAUGUUGAUAUAUUGAGGGAUAUUUUCGACAAAUGUUGUGGGGAUAUUAACUGGGCGGUAGACAUCGUGCUUGAUGACAUGGCUAGCGAGAACGUAAAUAAUAUUAUGGCCAACAUAAACACUCCAAUUCAUGACAUAGAUAUGCCUGAGCUUGAUUGCGACUGUCUCUCCGCUUAUAAUAUAAUACCAGAACGACUUGAGGCUGUCUUACCAGAAAACCAGAUAACUGACCAAACGGAUACCCAGUCUACGGUAAAUUUAAAAAAGAAUAAAAAAGAAAUCGCUGUUUCAGAGGCUUCUAUCGAGUUGAAAAAACAAAUAGAAGGAAAUAUUGUCAUACCUGACAAUCAUUACUCUGAACGUUGCUUAAAAUUAAGAAAACUUCGUCGUGGUGAAGUAGAUACUCAAGAAAAUAUAGAUUCUGAAGACAAUACAGACAAUACUAACAUUGAGUCUUCUACAUCAGCUGAAGCUUUAAAAACUACUGAUCAAAAUUCAGCGUAUAUCGACAAUAAUUUACCCAGCACAUCUAAAAUGGAUAGUGAAUUACCAGAAAUAAGUGACACAGCUUCGUGUGUAAGCGCUGAUGAAGACGGAGAAAAGACAGUAAACAUAUGUAUAGGAAGAGAAUUUGUGACGAAAUUAGACGAAAUCUUUGGAGGUCAAACAGCUGAAUGUCUCAGUUUUAUAAAUCCGACAGUCAAUAUACCAAUGUCGCUUUUAAGUAUAAUAAACGCUCUAUGGAUUGAAUCAUUAACCGAUCAGUUGCAAGAAGAUUCUAAACAAUCUAAAAUAAUGAUGGAGCAAGACGCUGAACUCGCGCGACUCUUAGCAGCAAAAGAGGAGGAAUUCAGUCGUUUGGGGCAAGAGCCAGAAAUACCAGAUUUCAAGGAAAUCAUGGACAUGGAUUACGCUUUGUCUAUAUAUCAGAGGGAUGUAUCGGAAUGGCGUAAUAAUUUACCAGACGAUCUCGCCGCAAAACUUUCAAGAGACAAAUUGUAUAAUUUGUUCCCAUCGGUAUCACCGGACGUGCUAUCAGAACUUCUGGCGGCCCAUGACAAUAAUUUCCAUUUAACCGUCGAGGUGCUCUUAACGUCAACCGGACAAACCGAUAUUCUGAAAGCGAAGAAUGGAGUUAAUAAAUUUAUUGUGCAAAAAGAAAUGGAGCGGCAUGAGAAACUUCUUCAAGAAGAGAAAAAGGCGUUGUCUGAAGUUGAGUGGCCAUUGUUGCCGAAAAAUGAAAAAGUGGAUAUGUCCACUGUACAACAUUUUCGCAAUUACGCCGACAAGCAUCUCAGAAUAAGAAACGAUAAUUACAACAAGGCGAGUGAAUAUUUUAGGCGUGGUAUGACUCAAGUGUCGACUUAUUAUUUAGAGCUGGCGCAUUUUCAUAAGACAAGAUUCGAACAUUCCAAUUCGAUGGCAGUAGCUUCUUUGAUACAAGUACACGCAGCCAACUCCACCAAUAACGCUACUAUAGACCUCCAUUAUUUGAGGGUCCGUGAGGCUAAGGAGGCAUUGGACCUCUUCCUAGAUACACAUAUACAAAAAUUGAAAGAAUUGCAAACCAGAUCUAGUGUGAGAUCUCACAAUCUGUUCUUUAUAACCGGCAGAGGACUACACAGCCAAGGAAAGCCUAAAAUAAAACCAGCCGUUAAAAAGAGGCUGUUGGAACGCGGAUUGACAUGUAGCGAACGCAAUCCCGGCCUUUUAACUGCUAAGGUAUGCGCUGAUGAUAAAUUGACGUAUGAGAUAGCUUAG